UCGACUGUAACCGUCUCCCCCAGUCCUCGGACAGAUCGCCGAAUCAUCGAUGUGUGUCAUGUCUGCACCCUAGUGCGCACGCUGAGGGAUCCGAGGAGUCCGCGUUCGAGUGCGCCGUGUACGCUGCCGCCAUGUCCGACGUUGAGGUUGUGGCGGACAUCUUGACGGAGGUGAUGCUGGAUGACCCCUCCCCCAGCGAUGCAGCGGCCUCCGAAACUUCCCCGGUGACCGUCGGUGCCACAGUGCCCACGGGCUUUGAAUUCACAGCGGCUGCAGAGGUAGAAGAGAAGCUGGGGCGCCCCUGUAAAAUCAGCAAAGACCGCGGCAAAAUCUACUUUGAGAUCAGCAUGGACUCGCUGGCUCAGGUUCAUCGUCUGAGGUCGGUCGACAAUCUUUUUGUAGUCGUCCAAGAAUUUACAGAUUUCCCUUUCAAGGAGGCGAAGGAAGCCGCACUUCAGGAUUUCCAGGAUCUGGCUGCAAAACUGUCCUGGGAAAAAGCUCUGAAGACGUGGGAGCUGAACAACAACUUGAAGAAGAAAAAGAAGAGAAAGAAAACCGGAGGCUGCUGCAAAGAGAAGAAGCAGGCGGCAGCAUCGGAGCUGCCAGCAGGAGACGGCGCAGAGGAGGCGCCACCUGCAGGACAGGAGGAGCGUGAGACGGAGGAUAGUCAGGCGGAGGACAGCUCUGCGGUGUCGGCUCAGUGCGCCAAUGACUCCCAAGAAAACAAAUCAGGCGACAGCACUGAGAGUAACGACGCCUUCCCCGAUGUCAGUAAUGUCCUGAAAUUCCGUGUCACCUGUAACCGGGCCGGAGACAAACACAGCUUCACGUCGAACGAAGCCGCCAGGGACUUUGGUGGAGCGGUGCAGGAACACUUCCAGUGGAAGGCGGACAUGACCAACUUUGAUGUGGAGGUUCUUCUGAACAUCAGUUUUAAUGAAAUGUUGGUGGGAAUCGCACUGACCGAGGAAAGUCUGCACCGCAGGAACAUCACCCACUUUGGGCCCACGACUCUUCGCUCCACUCUGGCUUACGGGAUGCUCAGACUCUGUGACCUGGAGCCGUCGGAUGUCGUCAUCGAUCCAAUGUCCGGAACUGGGGCCAUCCCGAUAGAGGGUGUCAGUGAAUGGCCCGGUUGCUUCUUUAUUGCUGGAGACAAUAACCCGAAUGCAGUGAACAGAACCGCCGGCAACAUCGGCUCCCUACUGAGGAAGCAGCAGAGCGUGGACAGCGCCCCCCAGGGGCUUCCAAUAGAUACCAUUCACUGGGACAUUUCUCGUCUGCCUCUGAGGAGCGGGAGCGUGGACGUUAUAAUCACAGACAUGCCGUUUGGGAAGAGAAUCGGAUCAAAGAAGAAGAACUGGGACCUGUACCCGGCCUGUCUGCGAGAGAUGAGCCGUGUGUGCCGGGCCGGAACUGGACGGGCCGUUCUACUCACUCAUGAUAGGAAAUGCUUCAUCAAGGCCUUGGCUAAAGCCGGGCAUCUAUGGAGGAAGAUGCACACGGUGUGGGUGAAUAUCGGGGGCCUGCACGCUGGCGUAUACCUGCUGAAAAGAACCACUCUGGACUUCUCUGACUCCUCCAGUGAGAGACUGGAGGAGAAUCAGCCCCUGAGCCCCAACUCGCCUGCCAAAGAAGAGUGAGGAGUGUGGCCUCCGCGGUGCCCCUCCAAGCAGAUACCAAAA